AGGUGCUGUGCACUGUACAAACCCUAACCCUAUGAAAGAUAUAUCUUUGCCGCAAUUCUGCCGCGCAGGCCCAAUACUCUUUGCCUUUGCCCACCAUGAUGACGCCCUGGCGUUAUGUUGUACUCGUCCUGGGGAUUAUCAUUAGUCUGCACUACAUACUGAGUUUUGCUCAUCCGGGCUACGGUCAAGCAACAUCACUUUCCAGCAUCAAGACGCAAUGGGGCGGUUCAAAACCACCAUACCAAAUACCUGUCCCCGAUGACUACUAUGUGCACAACAAUGUAACUUCACCGCAGGGGCGAAAGGCUUCCGCAGCCAUUGUCAUGCUCGCUCGCAACAGCGAUUUGAAUGGCAUUAUUGUUAGUAUGAAACAGAUGGAGGAUCGUUUCAAUAAAAAGUUCCGGUAUCCUUAUGUGUUCUUGAAUGAGCAACCGUUUUCAGAUCAAUUCAAGAGCCGGGUUUCAGAGCUCACGGAUGUUGACGUCAAGUUUGGACUUAUCCCUCAUGACCACUGGUACCAGCCUGACACCAUAGACGAGGCCAAGGCGGCAGAUGCUCGAGCAGAUAUGGUGAAGAAUAACGUCAUCUAUGGAGGAAGCGUGCCGUAUAGGAAUAUGUGUCGGUUCAAUUCCGGAUUUUUCUACAGACACGAGCUUUUAAAGCCGUACAAGUACUACUGGAGAGUCGAACCGGACGUCAAAUUCUUUUGUGACCUUGACUACGAUCCUUUCCUAAUCAUGCAAGACCAACACAAGGUUUACGGUUUCACCGUAUCUUUGUACGAAUACGAGAGAACCAUUCCGACGCUUUGGGCAGCUGUUCGCGAAUUCUUGGAAGCAAACCCAGGUAUAACGCCUGAAGAUAAUGCCAUGGAUUUCCUCUCCGACGACGGAGGCCUAACGUACAACCGAUGCCACUUCUGGAGCAAUUUCGAGAUCGGUGAUCUUGACCUUUGGAGAGGUGAAGCGUAUUCCAAAUUUUUCGAUUUCCUGGAUUCCAAAGGCGGAUUUUACUAUGAGCGAUGGGGUGAUGCGCCUGUACACAGCAUAGGAGCAGCGUUGUUUGCAAGGAAGGAUCAAAUACAUUUCUUCAAUGAUAUUGGCUAUCGGCAUGAACCGUUCCAGCAUUGUCCUCAAGGCGAGGCACACAAGCGGGGAAAGUGUUGGUGCGAUAGUACACAAAACUUUGACUACGAGGGAUACUCUUGCCUUAACCGAUAUGAUAGACUAUUUAGCUAGGGUUCAGAAGAUGUAUCCUUACAAUAGCUAGGCAGUACCUCUGCUGGCAUGCUAUUUGCUUGUUUUCCUUUCCAUCUAUCCUGGAUAUACUUCAACCAAUGCUAAUGCAAGUAUAACAUACGAAAUGCAAGAUGAUAAUGAUACGGUGGAUAUGCAAUAUGUGGUGAGACUCCAAAAGCCCAGAGAAAAGAGACAGCUGCAUCAUAGGAUAGACUGGGAGUAGUAUUGGAACUGGCAGAUUCUCAUAAAUACGAGCGACGCGAAUAAUCAG